AUGGAUAUUGACUCAGGGACAGUCAAUACUCCUCAACCACCACCACAAGAUAAAGCUAUAAAACGUUUAAAUGAACGUUUGGAGCUCUACGGUUUAGAGAACCGUACAGUCAUCCCAGGUGAUGGCAAUUGUCAGAUGCAUGCCUUAUCUGACCAAAUUUAUGGCGAUUUAAACCAUAGUAUGGAAAUUAGAAGAGCUAUUGUUACAUGGCUCAUGAAAAACAAAAAUUUAACCCUUCCAAAUGGUGCCAAAAUAUACGAAUUUGCCAAUGCCACCAGCUGGUAUAAGUACUGUAACCAAAUGGCAAGAAGGGGUACAUGGGGAGACCACUUAACAUUACUCGCCGCUGCUGAGAUUUUCAAAUCUCAAAUUACCGUUAUCUCAUCCGUUGAGUCUAACAGCAGCUUUUUCAUUGAAAUCACUCCACGUUCAAUUGAAAACUCUAGAGCUAUUAUUUUGUCUCACCAUGCAGAACAACACUAUGGUUCCUUACGCCAAGUUUUAUAA